AUGAGAGGAAGAUUUUUAAUGUUUACUUUCUUGGUGAUUGCCUACUACCUUUCAGUGGCGUCAUCUCAGGGCCGCUAUGACUAUUCGUGCAACACCUAUCAAGAAGGUCAAGCAGUCGACGGUCCGUGUGGGCAGCGGUGCAUUUGUGUGAACGAGAGGCUGCGAUACUGUUGUCGACAAAGAAAAGAUUUCCCCUCAAUGACUCGAGAAGAAAGAAUUCGCUAUGUAAACACAGUCAUCAAAGCCUCGACUCAUAGAAGAUACAGAAGACAAUACAACCGAAUUAUCGCCAUGCAUGCGAGACUGUUUGAUUCCGGAAUUCACUCUAAACAGCAGUUUUUACCAUGGCACCGUUGGUUUCUUCUUCGCUACGAGAAUUUUCUACGCAAGGUGGAUUGCCGAGUGACUCUUCCUUACUGGGACUGGAGUUUGUUCGCUAAAGGUGUUUGGCGAACAGGCAUAGACGACAUCUGGUCCAACAAGCCUUGGGGACUGGGAGGAAAUGGUCGGAAGAAAAAAUCUCACAGAGCUGGAUGCGUUAAAACCGGGCGUUUCAGUCAACGUAAAUGGCGGUUGACACCCUCGGCUAAAAGAGGAUGCCUAAGGAGAAAGUUCUCAGCUCCAGCCCCAGAUAUUAUUGCCCUUCAUUUGACAAAAGCACAUCGUCCACGUGAGUUCACUGAGUUUGAGCUUAACGUGCGUGCUAACCUCCAUGAUGCCUUCCACUGCGAAAUUGGAGGAACAAUGUGCGCUCAUAACUCUGCAAACGCACCGGAGUUCUUCUUACAUCACGCAUUCAUCGACAAGAUUUGGGCGGACUGGCAGGCAAAGAGUAAUGAUCACAUGGAGACUUACUUUACAACUGUUCCCAGAUACGUCCGAAUGGAGGGGAACGAUUUCCACCCGAGCGAUUACAUAGAUACGUUUAACCUGCCCCACCCUAAUGUAGACAGAACUGAUGACUACAUUUGUGUUAUGUAUCAAGAUGCAGCUCAUCCGCUUUACAAAGAGAUUACUCAGCGCCUCGAGAAGCUCAGCACACGUGAAGUAAGGACAAUUCCCCGACUGUACUUCAAACCGGCAACCACAAGACAGCUACGACGUCUUGGAGUGAAGAGAAAAGAACGGAGACACGCGAGAAAGCUUCUUAAUAAGGAACUUGAACCUAGGAAAAGAAUCCGCAAGAGUCAGUUACGCAAAGAGUACGAUAAGCUUCUAGGUUUUAAACUUGACGACAUUCCUUUCCGAUAUACAUCCAGGGAUUUGCCAACGAGGAACACAAGUCUCACAUAUGAUCGCUGGCUAGCUAGAUCUCUAAACGCAGCUGAAAUGUCAUCCGAAGGUCUUGAGUUCUUCCGGCGUGCAAACAUUUCCAAUGCCAUGGUGUAACUAAAUACCGAAAACCCAAACCCUCCCUGGCCCCUUAAGUGAUCAUCAUCAAAUUUCUCCUCACAACAUCAGCCUAUUCACGAGAAGGAUUCUUGAGAAUGAAGGAAAUGAUCCCCAAAGGAAAUUAACCCCAAAGUUGUUACAGUUGCUUUUAUGAUAAAAUAUAUACGGACCGUUGAGGAUGACCAUUAAAAACUGGGUAUAGGGUAUGGGAUUUAGCUGAACUUGUACUUACAUUCUAAUAUGAUUCCGAGAUGAAGCUAUUAGAGUUGUUUUGCAGGAAU